GACGUAACAGCAGCCUUGUGCUCCUUCGUCCACCACGUGCAGCAGCAGCAGUUCAGUCGCGGCAGACAUUUCCACAUCUCACGAUGAAACGACCCAAGUUAAGGAAAGCCAGUAAGCGACUUUCCUGUUCCAAACGUUACAAGAUACAGAAGAAGGUCCGGGACCAUAAUCGAAAGCUGAGAAAAGAGGCAAACAAGAAAGGAGUGAGCAAACGAGUGAAGAAGGACCUCGGGGUUCCCAGCAGUGCUCCCUUCAAGGAGGAGGUGCUGAGAGAAGCGGAGCAGAGGAGGCUGCAGAUUGAGGAAGAAAAGGAAAGAAAACGACAAGCCAAAAAGGAGGAUCGUGCCCAGAAAAGGAAGAAAGACAAGGAGUCUGCAAGUAAAGAGACAGGACCCAAAGCCAAGAAGGCUUGCAGGGAUAAUGCAGCAAAUAAAACAGAGAAACGGCCUGGACCAGACAAGAGCUCAAAAAAGUUUAUUUGUGGUGAACUUAACAAGGUAAUUGAAGAAUCUGACGUAGUCAUCGAAGUCCUUGAUGCCCGAGAUCCACUGGGAUGCCGGUGUCCGCAGUUGGAGGAGGCCGUGCUGCAGAGCGGAGGCAACAAGAAAUUACUCUUCGUCUUAAACAAAAUAGAUCUGGUACCAAAGGAACAUGUGGAGAGGUGGAUAGAGUGUUUACAUAAGGAGUUUCCAGUUGUGGCGUUCAAAGCGUCAACACAGAUGCAGAACAAAACAGUAGAACAAGCCAAAAAGAGUAGAAUAGUACCAUCAAAUGUCGUCCUGGACAGAUCCAGAGCAGCCGCCUGCUUCGGUGACUCUUGUCUCAUGGACCUUCUCACAAGUUAUGCUGCUAAAACACAGAGUGAAGCUGCACUCAAAGUGGGAGUAGUUGGAUUUCCUAACGUUGGUAAGAGCAGCCUCAUUAACAGCUUGAAGGGAAUGAUGGCAUGCAACGCUGGCGUCAAGAGGGGCAUCACAAAAUCCAUGCAAAUUGUGCACAUCUCUAAGAAUGUUAAACUUAUAGACAGCCCAGGAAUUGUGGCAUCGCCUUCCAACCCAGCGGCCUCUCUGGCUCUGUGGAGCCUGCAGGUGGAGGACGGCCAGAAGAGUGUCCUGGAUGCUGUCGGCACUCUGCUUAAGCAGUGUGACAACACCCAGGUUGUGCUUCAGUAUAACAUAGCAGACUUCAGGAAUUCUUUGGAGUUUUUGACCAUGUUUGCAAAAAAGCGUGGUUAUCUGCUGAAGGGGGGAGUUGCUGACACAGACCAGGCAGCUGCCACUUUCCUUUCUGAUUGGACAGGAACAAAACUCAGCUACCACUGUAAGGUGCCAACGAACCACGCCCUCCCAGCUUAUAUGACUGAUGCUGUGGUUGCUGAAAUGCAGAGCUGUUGGGAUCUAAACAUAGUAAAAGUAGGAAAUGAAGAAACUCUGAAAGGUGUUAAGUUUCCACACCAGGCCAGCAGUAUUAAGUUCACCUCUAAAGGCCCAACAAAAGGUCUGCUGAGAGUGGCCGACAUAUCUGAAGAAAAACCGGGACCUGCAGACUCUGAAGAAAAACCUGGACCUGCAGACUCUGAGGGGGAGGUGGAGAAGAACGAUGAGGUGGAGAAAAACAAUGAGACUGAACAGACUGAGGACGCAAACAAAGAAAAGGAACCAGAGGAACCCCAGAAAUCAUCAGUUAAAAAAAACCCCCACAAGGUGCAGUUUCAGCUUCCUCCCAUUGAUGUGAACCUGUCUGGUGUUAGGACGGAUGACGCCUAUGACUUUAACACAGAUUUUAAAUGAGCAUCAACUAAGUGACUCCUGAAAUGUGUUGGUCCUGCUGCUGCCAGAGUAAACACCUGUUGCUUACAAGCUGUUCUCCCUCUGCUAAAACCUGGACAAUACUGACAUCACUGUGCAAGGAAUGGGCUUCAUUUGGGCUGUUUCGUUCUGCUGGUAGAUUGGUUGGAUUUCUGUCUGGGACAAACAAACAAUGGCCAGGUUAAUGCUUUACUUUGGAGUUGCCUUUAUAUUUACUAUAAACAUUCUUCACAUGAUAAACUUGUAACAUCUAGGUCCGUAUUGCUGAAUAUUGUAUAUAAAAAUGUAAAUUUAAAUGUAAUAAAUUGUCUGGAAAAAGCUUGUCUAGUUUUCAAGGAGAGGGAUAAAAUAAGUUACAGCGACUUAUUAAAAACAAAUUUUACAAAUUG